CGAGAUAGUUUCCAUCAUGUAGUAACUGCUUGUGGCUUGCCAAUGUACUGGAAAGCGCCUCUUUAUUCAACAACUCCUUCUAGUCCCAGUGGUCAUGUGGAUGGUCAUAAAUUUAUUGACUUCUGGAAAAAAAUGGUGGCAAAUUGCCAUGAUGCUGCUUCUCGCUUUAUCUUCAUAUGCACUAAAGGCGAUCCCUCUAGGCGCUAUUUGAGAGCUGACGAUCUAGUGCCAUUAGUACAGGACGUGGUUGAGAGACAUCCUGGUUUAGCUUUCUUAAGAUCAGCCAGAGAAUUCCAUUCAAGAUACGUUCAUACAGUUAUUGCCCGAGUAUUUUACACAGUCAACAGAUCUUGGUCUGGUAGAAUCAGUGUACCUGAGUUGAGAAGAUCUGAUUUUUUGCAGAUUGUUCAGUUGUUGGAAGAAGAGGAAGAUAUCAAUCAAAUAACUGCAUAUUUCAGUUAUGAACAUUUUUACGUUAUAUACUGCAAAUUUUGGGAACUUGAUCGAGAUCAUGAUCUUUAUAUUGAUAAACAAGAUCUUGCAAGACAUAAUGACCAUGCACUCUCAUCAAGGAUGAUAGAACGAAUAUUCAGCGGUUGCGUGACGCGUGGUUCUACUGGCCCUCAAGCACGAAUGAGUUACACAGAGUUUGUUUGGUUCCUUCUAGCAGAAGAAGACAAAACUCAUCCUACUGCUAUUGAAUAUUGGUUCCGUUGCAUGGAUUUAGAUGGAGAUGGUAUUUUGUCCAUGUACGAACUAGAAUACUUUUAUGAUGAACAGACACAUCGUAUGGAAUCAAUCGGUAUCGAAACGUUGCCGUUCGAAGACUGUUUGUGUCAGAUGCUGGAUAUGAUACGUCCGGCUAAGCCUGGCUGUAUAUCUUUGUCGGAUCUAAAAAAAUGUAAAAUGACACCAAUUUUCUUCGAUACAUUCUUUAAUCUCGAAAAAUAUUUAGAUCAUGAACAAAGAGAUCCUUUUGCGAACCAGAGAGAACAGGAUGGUGAUGAGCUAUCUGAUUGGGAUCGCUUUGCGGCUGAAGAAUAUGAACUUCUUGUUGCCGAGGAAGGUGCCGAUGCUCAAGAUCAAUGGGCGGAGAGUUCGGGGUUCGAUAGGCUCAUACGAUGAAGACGACAUGGCUAUGAAGCUUGAUAGUUUAGGCAUGGAGAUAGAAUGUGACUCAACAAACGGCUUGCCUACUACUUCACAAACCACACCAAAUAUCAGCUCAUUGUUUGAAACAUAUCGAAA